UUACAAAAAAACAAUUCUCGCGCGAUGUUUAACUGGCAGCGGCUCGUCAAUUUUUGUUAGUUUUUUUUUUAAGUUUAAAUAAUACGUUAAGAAGGCAAUAAGUGUGGAGCCAGCCCACUACGAAAAACAACGACAGCAACCGCAACGCUGACACGACAAUGAUCGAGCCGAAUCUAUGCGCCAAAUCUUGGUAGCAGUUUGUGGCCAAAAUACAACUAAAAGCCACGGCUAAAACAGCACAAAGGAGAACUGCAGCUCUGGCUGGGGGCCGCGGCAAUCGACUAAAAAAGCAAAUUAUUGCAGAAAUAUACGUAUAUUUGUGUAUACAGUAGUUGUUUUUUUUUUGUUGGUGUGACGCGCGUUUUGUUACGACGUUUCCGAUGAUCUUGGCCCGUUGUUGUUUGCCUUUCGUGUUGUUGUAACUCGUUUUGUGCGCGCGUGUGAUUCAUGCAACCCACAGAAACAGCAGCAACAACAACAGCGACAAAACAGUGAAAUAUGCUAAGUAAAUGAAUGGCAAGGCAAAGAGAGUCGUAGAAGCCACAAAAUACUUCUUUGACGCGUGCAUCCUUCAAUUGAGAGCGCAAGGUAAAGCCAUACACAAACACACAAACACACCACGAUCGCACUCAGUGAGAGAGAGCGAGAAAGAUAUACGCAGAGAGAAUAGAGGUGUGUUGUAGUUGUACAGCUGUCAAGUGCGGCGAAGUAGCGGCAGCGACGUCCAAGUCCUUUUUGGUUCGACUAGCAGGCCAUCUCGCUCGCACGCUAGAUCACUCUUCUCCUGUGCUGCAGCUGCCUCUCUAACAACCAAAAACCGAAAAACCACGAACCCGAAGCAGAGAUAGGAUGCCAACAACAAACUGCAGUAGCGGCAGCGGGCAGACAAGCAUAAAGAAGAGGGAGCAUUCCAUUGGAAAGAAACGCGUGCAUUAUUAUUAAUAUAAUUAAUAAUUACUAAAACAACAACGAAAUACAUGUGCGUUCGUGUGAGUGAAAUAGAAAGUGCAUUAAUAGCAAGAGCAGCACCAACAACAACAAAACUGUAAAGUGUAAAAAUACCAAUACUAAAGCAAUACAAACGAAAUGAAGGUUACCGUUUGCUUCGGCGAUGUGCGCAUUCUGGUGCCCUGCGGCCACGGAGAACUUCUCGUCAGCGAACUGGUAAAGGAGGCAACGCGGCGCUACAUCAAGGCAGCCGGAAAGCCGGACUCCUGGGUGACGGUGACGCAUCUGCAGACACAAUCGGGCAUACUGGAUCCGGAUGAUUGUGUGCGUGAUGUGGCCGAUGAUCGGGAACAGAUCCUCGCACACUUUGAGGAUCCCGGACCAGAUCCGGGUGUGGCGCAGGGCGGCGGCGACGGUGCCUCGGGCAGCUCAUCGGUGGGCACCGGCUCGCCGGACAUCUUUCGCGAUCCCACAAACACAGAGGCACCCACACGGGACCUGUCCACGCCCCACAUUGAGGUGACGAGCACCACCUCGGGCCCGAUGGCCGGCCUGGGCGUUGGCCUGAUGGUGCGCCGCAGCAGCGAUCCCAAUCUGCUGGCCUCGCUCAAGGCGGAGGGCAGCAACAAGCGCUGGUCGGCGGCGGCUCCACACUACGCGGGCGGCGACUCGCCCGAGCGUCUGCUGAUCGACAAGGCCGGUGGGCAGCUGUCGCCGCAGUGGGAGGAGGAGGAUGAUGUCGCCAGCCAGCAGCAGCUCAAGGAGCAGCUCUUGCUGCAGCAGCAGCAGCCGCCAGCGGCCGCUCAUCAGCCAUUCGCUCGGUCUGGGCGCCUCUCCAUGCAGUUCCUGGGCGAUGGCAACGGCUACAAGUGGAUGGAGGCGGCCGAGAAGCUGCAGCAUCAGAACCAGCAUCAAAAUCAGAAUCAGAAUCAGAAUCACCAUUCCAGCCAUCGUUCCGAGCUGAACUCGGGCCAGUCCUCGCUGCAGUCGUCGCUGCCGAACAGCGCCUACUCGAGCAAGUCCCUGCCGCGGGAGAGCAAGCGGAAGGAGCCGCUGGGGCAGGCGUACGAGUCGAUACGCGAGAAAGACGGCGAGAUGCUGCUGAUCAUCAACGAGUACGGCAGUCCGCUGGGCCUCACGGCCAUGCCGGACAAGGAGCACGGCGGCGGACUCCUUGUCCAGCACGUGGAGCCCGGCAGUCGCGCCGAGCGUGGUCGACUGCGGCGAGAGGAUCGCAUCCUCGAGAUCAACGGCAUCAAGCUGAUCGGCCUUAGCGAGUCGCAGGUCCAGGAGCACCUUCGACGUGCCCUCGAAUGCUCCGAGCUGCGGGUGCGCGUCCUGCGCGGCGACCAGCAGCAGCGCCAGCAGCGUCGCGACUCCAAGGUGGCCGAAAUGGUCGAAGUGGCCACCGUUUCGCCCACACGCAAGCCACACGCCGCACCCGUGGGCACCUCGCUGCAGGUGGCCAACACCCGCAAGCUGGGCCGCAAAAUCGAAAUUCUACUCAAGAAGGGACCCAACGGCCUGGGCUUCUCGGUGACGACGCGCGACAAUCCCGCCGGCGGCCACUGUCCCAUUUACAUCAAGAAUAUACUGCCACGCGGUGCGGCCAUCGAGGAUGGUCGCCUCAAGCCCGGCGAUCGGCUGCUCGAGGUCGAUGGCACACCGAUGACGGGCAAGACCCAAACCGAUGUGGUGGCCAUACUCAGGGGCAUGCAGGCGGGCGCCACUGUCCGCAUUGUUGUCUCGCGUCAGCAGGAGUUGGCCGAGCAGACAGAUCAGGCAGCAGCAGCAGCAGCAGCAGCGGCAGCGGCAGCGGCAGCGGCACAGGCAGAAAAGGCUCCCGCUUUGGUCUCUGUGGCAGCUACCGCGGCACCUGCGGCUUCCAUUCAGGUGCAGAAAUCAAGCAGCGCCCGUUCGCUGUUCCAACAGCAGCAACUGCAGCAGCAGCAGCUCCUCAACGAAUCUCAGCAUUUCAUCGAUGCGGGCAGCGAGUCGGCAGCCUCAAAUGAUAGCCUGCCGCCGAGCAGCAACAGCUGGAAUACACGCGAGGAGCUCACGCUGCACAUUCCCGUGCAUGACACAGAGAAGGCUGGCCUGGGGGUCAGCGUUAAGGGCAAGACAUGCUCCAAUCUGAAUGCCUCCAGCUCGAGUGGCAGCGGCAGUGGCAGUGGCAGUGGCAGCGGCAGCGGCACUGGACUGAUGAAACAUGACGGAGAUUUGGGCAUAUUCGUGAAGAGCGUCAUCCAUGGCGGUGCUGCGUCACGUGAUGGACGUCUGCGGAUGAACGAUCAGCUGCUGAGCGUUAAUGGAGUGUCGCUGCGCGGCCAGAACAAUGCCGAGGCCAUGGAGACGCUGCGGCGUGCAAUGGUGAAUACGCCGGGCAAGCAUCCGGGCACCAUAACGCUGCUUGUGGGCAGAAAGAUACAGCGCUCGGCCAGCUCCAGCGACAUACUGGACCAGGGACAGAGCCAAAGUCACAAUCACAGCCAUAGCAAUAGCAGCGGCAGCGGCAGCAACAGCAACAGCAACAGCGGCGGUCACAACAACAGCAGCUCCAAUGCCAGCGACAAUUCGGGUGCCACAGUCAUUUAUUUGAGUCCCGAGAAGCGGGAACAGCGCUGCAAUGGCAAUGGAGUUGCAAUGGGAGUGGGAGGAGGCGCAGCCAGCAAUGAAAUGAACAGAUGGAGCAAUCCCGUUUUGGAUCGUCUAACCGGUGGCAUUUGCUCCACAAACACGUCACAGCAGCAGCAGCAGCCCACACAGCAGUCGCAGCAUUCGCAGCAUUCGCAGCAGCUGCAGCAGCAACAGCAACGUCGCCUGCCCCCAACACCAAUCUGCAGCAAUGCGGCACUGCGCAACGAGAGCUACUACAUGGCCACCAAUGACAAUUGGUCGCCGGCACAGCUGCAUUUGCUCACGGGACAUGGCGGCAAUACGGCGCUGCUCAUCGAGGACGAUGCCGAGCCAAUGUCACCAACCCUGCCGGCGCGUCCUCAUGAGGGGCAACACUGCAUUCCGAGCAGCGUCAACGCAGCGCAGACAAAGGCCGCAGUGCCAGUGGCCGUGGCAGUCACCGUGCCGGGCACACCAUCGAGCAGCAGCACCUUCGAUGCCACCUACUCGUCUCAGCUCAGUUUGGAGACAAACUCGGGCGUGGAGCACUUCUCGCGCGACGCCCUGGGACGUCGCAGCAUCUCGGAGAAGCAUCAUGCGGCGCUGGAUGCCCGCGAGACGGGCACAUAUCAGCGCAACAAGAAGCUGCGCGAGGAGCGGGAGCGUGAGCGUCGCAUUCAGCUGACCAAAUCGGCCGUCUUUGGUGGCUCCAUUGAGUCGCUGACGACGCGCAUUGCCAAUGCCAAUGCACAGCUGGCGGGCUACAGGCACGCCAAGACCGCAUCGAGCAUUGAGCAGCGCGAAUCGAUGCAGCAGCAGCUGGCAGCGGCCGAGGCCGAGGCCCGGGAUCAGCUGGGGGAUCUGGGACCCUCGUUGGGCAUGAAGAAGUCCUCGUCGCUGGAGUCGCUCCAGACCAUGGUGCAGGAGCUGCAAAUGUCCGAUGAGCCGCGUGGCCAUCAGGCGCUGCGUGCCCCGCGCGGUCGUGGCCGGGAGGACAGUCUGCGGGCGGCUGUGGUCCACGAGCCAGACGCAAACAAGCCCCGCAAGACAUGGCUGCUGGAGGAUGGCGACCACGAGGGUGGCUUUGCCUCGCAGCGGAAUGGACCCUUCCAGAGCUCCCUGAACGAUGGCAAGCACGGCAGCAAGUCGUCGCGGGCCAAGAAGCCGAGCAUUCUGCGCGGCAUUGGGCACAUGUUCCGCUUUGGCAAGAACCGCAAGGAUGGUGUGGUGCCCGUGGACACGUACAGUGCUGUGGCCAUCUCACCGCCCUCCUCGGUGGUGUCUUCGUCGCCACAGCAGCAACAGCAGCAGCAGCUACAGCAGCAACAGCAGCAACAACAGCAGAUACCUGCCGCUGCUUUGGCCGCCUUGGAGAGGAAUGGAAAGCCACCAGCAUACCAGCCACCGCCGCCACUGCCAGCCCCAAAUGGUGUGGGUGUAGGUGGUGUCGGGGCAGGGAUAGCAGGAUCUGCAGCGAAUGGUGGCAUACAUCAGAAUGAUAUAUUCAAUCAUCGCUAUCAGCAUUAUGCCAACUAUGAGGAUCUGCAUCAGCAUCAACAGCAGCAACAGCAACUCACAAGCCUACAUGAAGCAGAAGCAACUGCAGAGACGCUGUCGGAGUCAACGCUCGAAUGCAUGCGACAGCAGGUGAUACGUCAGCGGAUUAAGGUGGAGGCGGAAAGUCGCCGCCAUCAGCAUUACCAUUCGCAGCGCAGCGCCCGGUCGCAGGACAUUAGCAUGCACUCGAGCAGCUCCUCAUCGCAUCACCAGCAUCCGCAGGGGCAGACGGGCCAGGGUCACACGAAUGGCGGUGUCAUUCGUCCACUGAGCAGCUACUACGAGUACGAGACGGUGCAGCAGCAGCGUGUGGGCAGCAUAAAGCACAGCCACAACCACAGCAGUCACAAUGGAGGAGGCAGCAGCAGUGCCAAUGUCAGUGGAUCCUCGGCGUCGCCCAUCAAUGUGCCGCACUGGAAGGCGGCCGCACUCAACGGCUACUCACCGGCCAGCCUGAACAGCAGCUCGCGUAGCCGUGGACCCUUUGUUACCCAAGUGACCAUAAGGGAGCAGAGCGUUAUGCCCUCCCAGCUGCAACAGCAGCAGCAUCAGCAGCAGCAGCAGCAGCAGCAGCCCACCUACCAGACCGUGCAAAAGAUGGGCGCACAGUCACAGUAUGGCAGCAGUGCUGGCUCCCAGCCGCAUGCCUCGAAAGUGUGACUAUAGGUGCUGGCGCAUGCGCGCGCCACACGGGAUGUGCUCGUGGAGGAUCAUCAGCAGCAGCAACAACAGCAGCAGCCGCUGGAACUAAGCGAGGUCAGCGAGGUGGAGAUCUUCUACUACGCCACCGAAUGCUGAGAAUGCAAAUCCUACACUGAGCUGAGCAUCUUGCCUUUUGCCUCGCUUCCGCAUGGAAGUGACGCUUUGUGUGACGCUGGCAGCCGGCAACAAACAACAAAAAUUAGAGAUUUAUUUUUUACGCAAAACGAUUCAAGCUUAGAUGGUUGGAAUUUUUCGAAAAAAUGUCCACAUUUUGUACACAAAGACACACCCAUACAAACGCAUAUAAAAACAUGCCCACACACAUGCAUACAUACAUCUUGUAUUAACUUUAAUUUAAGUUCAUUUAUUAGCCAUUUAAGAACGACAUUUACGGCGACAAGUCGUUGCUCAUUUGGAGAACAGAACUUUCGAUUGUAUUCAUCUAUUUCUAAUGUCUAAGUCAAAAUGCCUCUGUACAUAAUUAGGUUUAUGCCAGAAGCCAACAACAAAAAAAGAAAAGCCCACACACGUUACGAUUCCAAGUAACAUUUCUCCUUCAUUACUUAAUUUAAUAUUAUAUAUAUAUAUUUUUUGUUUGUUUUUUCGUCUUUGUUGUAUAUAGAGAGAACUUUACUUUGUUUUCUUUUGUUAGCUUUAAAGCGGACGCCAUUUUGUGUGCAAACAGUUAGGAAUUUUGCAAAAGAGUUACAAGAAAAGUUAAACUUAAAGAAAACCCUCACCAACACACACACACACACACACACACCUACACAUAUAGCAGUACAUAUAUUGUAUACCAUAUCCAUUUAUAUAUAGAAUAUAAUUUUUUUUUUUUUUCUCCAUCUAAGAACAAAGCCGAAGCUUUGGCAAAUUUUGUGCAGCCGACUUUCGGUUACCGGGGGUCCCUAAAAGACACGCAGCUUCAUUUAGUUUAUACGUAAUAAUUAUAAUAAAAUAUAUACACUUGUAGUACAUAGCAGUUAAGCGUAUUAUAUGUAUAAAUUAUAGAGCAGUAGCCUAGACAUUUAUUUUGUGUACUCUGUAAGUAAUUUGUAUAUUUGCGGCACCGAAUUGCGAAUUAAAAGUUAACAAUUUCCCAUAAA